AUGGAUAUGGAUGUUACUGCGGGAGAGGAGGAAAAGGUCAUCCGAUUGACGGAGUCGAUGCGUAAGUCAUGUUGUAAGCAACACGACGAAUGUUACGAUCGACUGUUAGAGUCCAAGGCCUGCAAGAACAUUGUCCAUGCCUACAUCAGACCAUAUCGGUUUUGGCAAAAACGAUGCUGGAAGAAAGAUGCACAGGUCACGUGUUACUUGAUCCGUCGUCGACGACCUCGUGCUGUCUGGCAGUUUUCAUUAAUGAUUGAAUGUGCAACCGGUCGACCAGCAUGGCAUUAUAACAACUACGGAUGUUGGUGCGGACUAGGAGGAAAAGGGAUACCUGUUGAUGAUGUCGAUAGAUGUUGUCGCCUUCAUGACGAGUGUUACGAUGCCUUGGUUGAAGAUAAUGUAUGUUCUAAGGUUGGUUUGUACCUAUCACCGUAUCUCUAUCAAAGACGACAUUGCGAGUGGGAGAGAGUAGAAGACCGUGAAAUAUCAUGUGGAGAAGGAUCCGCAUGCCGAACAGGGUUGUGCGAAUGUGACCGCGAGGCGGCGCUCUGCCUGGCCAACGCAAGAUUCAACGACCAAUUUCGUCACUUCCAAAAAGACACGUGUGUCCCGAUCCCGUGAUCCAGUGAAGCGACCAAAGCAAGAAGCCCUAUAUUGUGGGCCCUUGUGGGUAAAAGAUGGACAUAAUUUUGAAACGGUGAAACUCAUCAGACAAGAGUCCGGGCUUGAAAAUGGACCUAACUUUGAAGCUAUGAAAACACAUCAGACAAGAAUCCCCGGCAAGAAUCUAGCCAGAACUCUUCGAGCAGAGUCACUCAAACUUUUGUCUUCUUUAUAUUGAUUUAGGAUAGUUCUUCAAAAGAGAUGAGUGCGUGUACAUUUGGGUUAUUCCUGAAAGUGUUUACUUACUUGUUCGCAGUUGCUCUGCGUUCAAAACAAUACCAUACAUAAUAUACAAUCUGUUUACAUAAUAUACAAAAUAAUCCAUAAUAUAUCAACAACAAUAUAUUCAUAAUACAUAAUGAAUACAAAAACAAAGAUGUGAGUAUAUACAAACCUUUUCUUUCAUAUAUAGAAAAUUAGGAGACCACCAUCGUAAACGGUAAAGGUGGAAAUUGAUGGCGGCCUCAUCAGCCAUUCUGAUUUUUAGUUAACUCGAAGUCAUAUAUAAUAAUAAUAAUAAUCCGCUUUUUUAUAUAGCGCUUUAUACAUCGGAAUGACGUGUCUAAGCGCUUUACAGAUAUAUUAUUACCCCGGUUAUCGGACUCAAUCAGUCAUUCCCGCACACAACGUGUGCACAUCCUCCACUCCCUGGGGAGUAUUCCAGUCAGUCGCCGGUGAGGCGCACACAGUACUGGACAAUCUACAAUGACUUUUACAUCCUACCGGGUACCCAUUUGGCAAAGUGUGGAUUAACGCCUUGCCAAAGGACGCCAGACCGCGGUGGGAUUCGAACACACGACCCUCUGAUUACAAGGCGAGAGUCAGAACCACUACACCACGGCUCCUCCCUGAUAUAUAUAUCAACCUGUAGAGUAAUUUUGGUUUUGAUAUUAUAGUUAUUGCAAUGUACCAUAACAGGGGCCGCGGCGGAACGGUUUUGAAAGUGGGGGCUGGCCAUGCAAAAAACCCACACAAUUAGGUGGUAAUUUUUACGUUUUUGCACACGGCUUGGAAAAAUUGGGGGUUGAAGCCCCCCCCCCCCCCUGGUUCCGCGGCCUUCCAUAACAAAUAUAACUGGUUCGAAUUGUAGUUUUUAAAUUGAACCAUAUGUCCAGUGUUCCGUGACGUCUCAACGAAUAGUUACGACGGUCAAUGUAUAUUUUCAGUGAUCGAAGUCAGGGAAGAAAUCUUUAAAUUUGUUUGUUUGUUUCUUGUUUUUGUCUUUUUUAGUAUUGAUACUACACUUUUAUUACUACAUUUUAUGAGUUUGACUGAAAUCCGAUCUGGGGGCCAUUUCAUAAAGAUGUUCGUAAGUCAAAGGUCAAGUCCACCCCAGAAAAAUGUUGAUUUGAAUAAAUAGAGAAAAAUCAAACUAGCACAACACUGAAAAAUUUCAUCAAAUUCGGAUGUAAAAUAAGAAAGUCAUGACAUUUUAAAGUUUCGAUUAUUUUUCACAAAACAGUGAUAUGCACAACUGAGUGACAUGCAAGUGAGAUAGUCGAUGAUGUCCCUCACUCACUAUUUCUUAUGUUUUUUAUUGUUUGAAUUAUACAAUAUUUUCAUUUUUUUUUACAAAUUUGACAAAAAUUUGACUGAACCAUAAAGUAUUAAACAAUGCUACUUCCACAUGUUCAGGGAGGAAUUAAUCGUUGUUUCACUUGGCAAUGAGGAGAAAAUUAGAAUAUUUCAUGUAAUAAAAUACAAAAGAAAUAGUGAGUGGAUGACGUCAUCAGUCUCCUCAUUUGCAUACAGACCAGGAUGUGCAUAUAACUGUUUUGUGAAAUUAAGCGAAACUUUAAAAUGUCAUAACUUUCUCAUUUUACAUCCGAUUUUGAUAAAAUUUUCAGUGUUAUGUUUGUUGGAUUUUUCUCUUAUUAUUUGAAUCAACAUUUUGUUGGGGUGGACUUGUCCUUUAAGAGUGACUUUAAGAACGACUGGGGAACCUUUCUUGUGGUAAAUGACAUUCAUAGGUGACUAUUGGCGUGUAAGAAAGUUUCACAAGUCGUUCUUAAAGUCGCUCUUAACUUACGAACAGCUUUAUGAAACACUCACCGGGCUUGUCAGUGUUAUCUUAGUUGGGUCUGGAUUAUCUCAAGGAAAAUCUUCCUGAAUUUUUCAAAGUUAGACGCCUGCGAUCGAGAUUGGCUAAAAUGUAGACAUGGAUAUAAAGUAGUAGUAGAAAGGUUAGAUCGCCCGUUACCAUGAUUACAAAGGCUGGAAGGGAGUGACAGCAUCACACGGAGGCAAAGACGAGGCCGUGUUCCGCCCUUUUUCCGCAUUUUCUUACCUUUGUGUUUUUAGAGAAGUGACGCGCAUGCAGACUUGUGUCUAGAAGAGAGGAAAUAAAGUCUGAUUCAAAGGCUUGUGAUGAAAUAAAAAUUUCCGAUUUCAAUGUUGUUAUUCUGUAACUGAAAUGAAAUAUUUGUAAUAUACAUUUUGUAAUUAUGUGCAAAAUUCAAACAAGGGAGACCUCCCAACUCCCUGAUUCAACCUAUAUUCUAAAAUAUAAGGCUUUUGUUUAAGUUAUACUUGCAUUUUAUAUAUCCUUUGGAGACCUGUAUAAACAUUCACAAUUUAUUAAUGGCUUUUAAUAAUUGUCAUUUCUAAAGAGAAAGAGACGAGUAGAAACAGCGUGAAUGGAUAAAGUUUAAAUUCAGAUUGCUUUUUUUUUUGUAAUGUACAUUGCUAUAUUUUCCUAAUUGUUGUACGCUCGAAAAUAAGAUAGAAAUGCAUAUAUUAUAACCGACAAAAUUAAGAUUUAAAAGAUUGUUGAUUUCCUUUUAUUUAGGAUUUACAUUUUGUUACAAAGGGUACACAAAGGAUUUUUAUUUUUGUUGAAUCGCUAAAAACAAAAUGAGACAUUUAUGUGUUCUUCCAUCUAUAAAAAGUUUGUCCACGCUUACAUUUUUGAAAUCUUUUCUCUUUCGAUCUUUGUGUAAAUUAAUGAUUUUGAUUUUAUAAAUACAAAUUAUAUAAUAAAAGGGAGUUAAAAUGUUUGAGAUCAUCUAUUUU